AUGCUGCUGUUGCUGUUGCUGCUGCUGGUGCUGCGCGCAGUGACCGAGGAUGACCUCGAUAGCAACGAGGACGACGACGAUGUUGUGGAUGACCUUCCAAUGUUUUACCCCAAGACUGAGGAAGAAAAGCAGCGAAUUCGCGACAUCGUGGAGAACUCUUUUCUUUUCAGCUCAUUAGAGGCUGAGGACUUGGAGGUAUUAUUAGGUGCAUUUAAGGAAUUAAAAGUACCAAAAGACACGACAAUAAUUGAGCAAGGAGCAGAUGGUGAUAAAUUAUAUUUAAUAGAGGAGGGAGAAGCAAAUGUAUAUAAGAAGAUAUCCCCUUCACAGCAGCAGCAGCAGGACAAGAAGAGCGUGCAGCAAAACGAGCAGCAGAGUGAAGAUAAGCAGCAGCAGCAGCAGCUGGUUAAUGUAAUGGUUGCAGGGGAAUUAUUUGGUGAAUUAGCAUUAAUGUAUAAUUCACCAAGAGCAGCAACAGUAAAAUCCAAGACAGACAUGAAGUUAUGGGCAUUAGAUAGACAAACAUUUACUCUUAUUGUUAGGGAUGCAGCGGCAAAAAAGAGAGAAAUAUAUGAAGAUAGUCUCAAGGAGGUAGAGUUACUAAAGGACGUGGAUGCUUAUGAGAGAGCAAAGAUAGCGGAUGCAUUAAAGACUCGUGUAUAUGAGGAGAAAGAAGUAAUAAUAAAGGAAGGAGAAGAAGGAGAUACAUUUUAUUUAUUAUUAGAUGGAGAAGCAGAA